AUGCAUUCAGAAAAAGACUAUGAAAAAGAAGUAGAGCAAAACAAUGAGCAGGAAGUACAAACACUGCGAGUAACAAUGAUCAGCAGGAACAAGAGUGAGAUAGAGCGGGUUGCGUAUGCUAUAUACCAAAUGGCAAAAGCAGACAAUCCAUCAAACAAAGGGCCAGUAUCUUCCAAGAACAACAAGUUACAGGUGACUGUUAGAAAAGCACCCGGUGGUAAUGGUACUAACACAUACGACAAGUUCGCUAUGACAAUUAGAAAGAAGUACAUUGACAUAACCGUACCAUAUGAGUCAUUCAAGGCAAUUACUUCAACUGUGCUAAGCCCAGAAGUAUUUAUUCAAGUGGUUAUAAAGGCAUAAAAUAAAUAACA